AUGGCCUCCUACGGGGCGCUGAGCUUCGGCGCUGCAGGGAACUACAACCCCAAUAAGGACGCAGAGGUCACAUCUCCACCCAGCGAUGGCGUCAGCAGCUUGAACUUCAGCCCCGUAUCAAACCACCUCGUGGCGACAUCCUGGAGCGGGCAGACGCUGUGCUGGGAGGUCCAGAGUUCCGGGCAGGCCGUCCCCAAGGCCGCCAUUCAGUCCGACAAGCCCGUCCUGUGCAGCGCUUGGAACGCGGAUGGCUCCGCUGUCUUCGCCGGUGGGUGUGACAACGGCGUCAAGAUGUGGAACCUGGCGACCAACCAGCAGCAGCAGGUGGCGGCGCACGCCGAGCCGGUGCGGCACUGCGCCUACGUCCCGCACCUGAGCAUGCUGGUGACGGGUUCCUGGGACCGCACGCUCAAGUACUGGGACCUGCGCACGCCCAACCCGGUGCACACGCAGCAGCUUCCGGACAAGUGCUACGCGCUGAGCACAACGGGGCAGCUGCUGGUGGUGGGCACCGCCGACCGCGUCAUCCAGGUGUACAACCUGCAGGCGCCGCAGCAGGUGUACAAGCAGAUCCACUCACCGCUCAAGUUCCAGACGCGCUGCCUCGCCUGCUUCCCGGACGCCACGGGGUACCUGGUAGGGUCGGUGGAGGGCAGGGUGGCCGUGCACCAUGUGGAGGAGAGCCAGAAGGAUAAAAACUUCACCUUCAAGUGCCACAGGCCCGAGAAGGACGUCUUCCCCGUGAACUCGCUCAACUUCCACCCCCAGUACGGCACCUUUGCAAGCGCCGGCGGCGACGGCUCCUUCAGCUUCUGGGACAAGGACAGCAAGCAGCGACUCAAGGCCUUCAGCGCCGCCAACGCCCCCAUCCCCUGCACCGCCUACAGCAAGGACGGCAGCAUCUUCGCCUACGCCGUCAGCUACGACUGGAUGCGGGGCGCGCAGGAGCACAACCCGGCCACGGCCAAGAAUCAUAUACUGCUACACCCCGUCACCGAGGCGGAGGCCAAGAGCAAGCCACGCUCGACGACCACACGGCGAUGA